AUGUGGAUAGGAGUUGUUUACGUGAAUCAUAGGAUCAGAGCUAAAGUGUAUCUUAAAGAAACUCUUAGCCAACUGCUGCAAAGAGUAAAAACUUAUUUUAACUUUCUAUAGCUUGCUUAUAUGCUAUCCGUCGAACCUGAAUAUGUUCUAGGAUUGAAGCCGAUGAAAAAAUCCAAUGAUGCCUUUAAAUAGGAAGAAGAAAAGAAGUCUGCCUUAAAAAAGAGUAAACAGAAAGUCGACUAUUCGUUUAAUGACGAAACUUCUGAAGAAGAGGAAGGCUAGAUAAUAAUCCCCAAAGAUGUUGUUACAAGAAUUCAGGACCUCAAAGAGGACCACUUUUAUUUAAUAUGCUAUUUGAGGGAGAAGACUUAACAAGAAAAUGUUAUUGAACAGCAAGAGCUGAGGCAUCAAUUUAACUUCGAAGAAGAUGGCGACAGAAGCGUUAAGAUGACUCCUAAAAAAUCAAUGAUUAAACUUUUUGAAACUCAGGGAAUCAAUAUCAAUGAUUGCUAGCAAAAGGCAAAAAAAACACGUGGAGAUAAAAGGGUUCUCAUUUGCCCCUUCGUGAAUUGCUUGAAAGAUUUUACCGAGACUGGGAAUCUGAAAACUCAUUUAAGAACUCAUGUAAUAAAAUAAGUUAGUAUAUACAAUUAUUAGACUGGUGAGAGGCCUUUUAUUUGUGGUACUCCUGGCUGUAAUAAGCAAUUUAUCACAAAAGGGCAUUUGAAAACUCACGAACUGAUCCAUUCUGGUGACAAACCAUUCAUCUGUACUGUAUGCCAGAAGAGUUACUCUCGAUCUGGGAGACUAAAGAUUCACAUUCGGACACAUACAGGAGAGAAGCCUUUUAGAUGUAAUAUUCCAGGUUGUGGAAAGACUUUUACUGAAAAGGGAAAUCUUAAAACUCAUAUGAGGAUUCACUCUGGAGAGAAACCUUUCACUUGUUCAGUUGAUGAUUGUAAAAAGACUUUUACCACCUAAGGUCAUCUUACUGAUCAUAUGAGAAGACAUUCAGGAGAGAGACCAUUUAAAUGCACUUAUUGCAUCUAAUCAUUUAUGAGAUCUAGCACAUUAAAAAUACAUUUACGAAGACAUACAGGAGAAAGACCAUAUGAAUGCCAAGAAUGUGGUAAGAAGUUUUCUGAAAGUGGAAAUCUAAAGACUCAUCAAAAGACUCAUCAAAAUAAAAAGAAAAAGCUUUUAGGAAAUAAGAAGUAUUAGGAAUAAGUUGAUAAGAAGCCAGAGAGAGAAUAACAAAAUCAUCAUUAAACAACUCAUCAUUAACAGCCAAAAAUUCAUGCUCCUCAACAAGCGACAACACUUGGGAAAAGAAAAAGAAUGGCUUUGAAGCAUUAAUCGGAAGAUAAUUUGGUAUAGGUGCAUACGACUUAAGUAGUAAAAAGAAAAAAGAGCAAUACAGAACUCCAAAUAGUGAAAACAGAAUAAGUAGAUAAGUCAACGAUUGAUGAAAUAGUUUAAUAUUAGCAAUAACAACAGACGUAACAACAGCAACAGAUUAAAAUUCAAAAUACUUAGCUACAAUCAACCCAACAGCCAACAAUAUAGCAAUAAUAAUAAGAAGAUAAUAUCACAAUUCCAAUUGAUAGUGCCUUUUUGCCUAUGAGUUUGCAAGGAGAGCAAUCUAGCCCCUAGGUAUUUCAAACAUAUUCAGCACUAAAUCAAUAGUUGAUAACACCAAAGUUAUAAAAUAAUGGAAUGGGCUCAACCUCCCCCUUUAGUAGUUUUACACCGUUCGCCCUAGGUGCAAACAACAAUGCUAAUAAUAAUCCAUCCUUUAAUUUCCCUACUAGUCUUGGUGGGUAUUCUAACACCAAUUAAAACGCCCAAAGCUAAAAUUUGAAAAUUCCCAGAAAUCCAACAAGCAAAACUUCAUUUCAAAACUUAUUUGCUAGCCUUUAAAACCCAAGUUUAAAUUAAGCAAUGAAUUUUAGUAAUACUGUUGGCAACACAAAACCAGCCUCUCCCACAAGCAAAAACACUUCAUUCUCAUUUAACCCAAUGAGCCCACUAGGAAACAAUUUCGAGCCAUUCACUGGAUUUCAUUCUCCUGAAUCUAAAAAAUAAGGAUUGCUAGGGGCAGGGAACAUACAUCAAUAAUAACAAUAGUAAUAUAUUUAGUAAUAGCAAUAUUAACAAUAGUAAAUUUAGCAAAAUUAUUAAAACUAAUAAUCACAAUCAUAACUGUAGCAACAACAGUUCUAAUACUUGGACAAAAAUUAAUUUAAAAACUAGAAUAAGGGAUCCUAACAAUAAUAAACAUAAAGCUUUUAAUAGCAGUAUAAUCUCCUCCAAUAGUAGCAACAACAGACAGCAGGUCAAAAUCAAUAAAUUUUACAGUAAAAUUUGCAAUAACAACAAUAGUAGCAGCAAUUAGUGUCACAACAAUAGCAAACUUCGUCAAACUAUUAAAAUGAAGGUAAGCAAAGAUAAGUAUAAUCGCUACUCAGUCUUAACAGUUUCUCUAACAUUCCAGGCCUACAAGAUAUUGUUAAUACAACCAAGAAUUUCUAGUCGCCUACAAUGCAUGCAACUCCUCAUACUCAUGGUAGCAACAACUAUUUGAAUUUUCCUUUCAGCAAUUUUGCUACUAGAUCAGGACCUACCUCAAAAUAAAACAGCAAUAACAAUCUCUUACCUUUUAUUCCAGCAAAUUUGUUUAACAAUGAGAGAAAUCCCCCUACGAAAAUGAAGCAGUCUUCAGAUGCCUUUAAUUUCAUGGAUAGUUUGAACAAUAGCUACAAUAUUCCUCUUAACUUUGGGAAAAGUAUUGAAGCUCAAAAUGGAUUGAAGGAUUUCUAGCUAAAUGCAAGCUUAAGCUAGUAUUUCCUUGGCAAUGGUACUAAUCUUAAUGCUCAUGCCAAAUAAGCUGAAUUGCAGGAGUAGAUAUAAUUAUAGCAGAUAAAUUAGCAUCUGCAAGCGUUAGGAAACUAAAGAGAUGGAGGAGGCGUCGUUAUUGGAAUCCCAGGUAUUCCAUACAUGGGUAACUAGCAGUAGCAGCAAAUGUAGAUAAACUAGUAGCUUCAAUAGAAUCAGCAGCAAUAAUAGCAAGAAAGUAAUAGCUUGCAAUCUGGAAAAUAAGUAGAAGAGGAAAGUUUUUCAAGUAUGUGCUCUAAAGUUACCCAGAAAUGA